CGGGGCGGGCCCGGCGGCGCGGAAGUGCGGGGCCGGCGGGGCCUUCCCCGGGCGGCGGGGCCGGCGGCAGGUGAGUGCGGGGCCGCGGCCCGGCCCCGCGCGGGGGGUGCCCGCCGAGGCCCCCGGCCCGGCGAACCGGAGCCCGGAGCCCGGCCUACUCCGCCCCGAAGCCCGGCCUACCCCGCCCCGGAGGCCGCCACGCACAGCCCUCCCGCCGCCACGCCGGGCGAGCGGCCCCGCCGGACGGUCCCGAGCCGCCCCCCGAGCUCCGGGCGCUGCUUUCCCGCCCGCCGCAGGUGCUGCCGCUGCUUCCCCGGGAGAGGAGCCGCCGCGGGCCCGGCCGGCGGCCGCCGAGGCCGUGGAGGAACCGCCGGCGAAGCGAUGCAGGAAGCCAUUGUGAUCACCGAGCAGCCGAUCUCCGUCUCUGUCCCCGUGGGAUACUCCUUCACCUUGCGGUGCAGAGCCGAGGGACGCACGUCGCUGCAGUACCAGUGGUUUUCUCAGUACCAGUCUGUCUGCUGCCAGAUCCCUGGUGCCACCAAGGAAGAUUUGCCUAUCACUGCACAGCAGACCCAACUGUACACUUGCAGAAUCAAUGACCUCUACAAAAACGCCGUCUUCUCCGACUGGGUGAAGGUAGAGGUCCAUCAGUGUGUCGCCAGAGGACUGCCCCCUCGGCUCUGGCGAGGAGAACCUGUCAUCGUCCUCAACCCCACCGAACAGAGGGUGGAGGUAGGGAAGCCGCUACAGCUGCAGUGUGCUGCCAUGGGGGUCCCAGCCCCCAGCUACCAGUGGUAUCGGAAUGGGAACCUGCUGGAACAACAGAAGAAAAAAAAACUCUGGAUCACCCACACAAAGGUCAGUGACUCUGGCACGUACCUCUGCUGUGCCUCCAAUAGCCACGGAGAGCACUGGACCAACGCCGUGGAUAUUCACAUAGGUACGUGUCGCUCUGAAAAGUUUUUUGCUACAGGCAAGAUAGCACUUUUAGUGGGCAACAACCGCUACCAGCAUCAUCCCAACCUGAUGGCUCCCGUCACGGAUGUGUUUGAGCUGAGUCUUCUUCUGGAGCAGCUGGGCUUCCAGGUUGUCUCCCUUCUGGACCUGAACAAGGCUGAGAUGGUGACAGCAGUCAGUCGGUUUCUGCAGCUCCUGGGGAAGGGAGUCUACGCUAUAUUCUACUAUGCUGGUCACGGGUAUGAACAUUCGGGGAGGAACUACAUGGUCCCCGUUGACGCUCCACAACCCUACGCCCCUGAGAACUGCAUCAGCGUGCAGAGGAUCCUCCAGAAGAUGCAGCAGCAGCAGACGGCCCUGAACCUCAUCCUGCUGGACACCUGCAGGAAAUGGUACAACCCGGAGUGUGCCCUCUCCCAGGUACAGCCGCUGGAGCCCUGGGGCAACACCGUUUACGGCUACGCCACGAGUGAAGAUGCAGAAGCCUAUGAGUUGCAGGAUGGGGAGUUCAGCUCUGGGAUCUUCAUGAAAUAUCUGAAGAAACAUAUUCUGCAGGAGAAGAAGGUUACACACAUGCUGGAGGAUGUGUUAGAAGACAUUGGCCAGGAUCCCUUGGUCACUGGGAAGCAGGUGAUGGAGAUCAAACACACUCUGAAGGAAGCCCGGUCCCUGACGGACCCAAUCUGCCCCUCAGGAGCAGCUGCCGAGCACUGGGGACGCGGCCAUGAGCCGCUGAGCAAAACGGUGACCUUCCCCUGCGGGGUGCAGGUGGAGCUCUGCUUCCGCCAGCUCUUCUCCAACGUGAUGUAUGUGUGCGCCAAGCUGCAACCCCCCCCGGCCCACGUCGCUGACGCCCGUCUCCAGCUCUGCCGGCCCACCGAGAUGGACGAUGUGGCCGUUCUGAAGGAGAGCUGCCUGGACCAAGUGGAGUCUCUGCUUACUUCUGUGUACAAGCGGGAGGAGCUGGACUGCGUCUUCCAGCUCUGCGGACUGCAGAAAAUUCAGACGGACGUGGUCCUGCAGUUGGAUUUGCAUUACACCCAGCUGAGCACCAAGCAGAGGACUUGCGAAAGCCUGCAGACAACCCUCCAGAAAUCUCUGCUAGGGCAGUUUUUCAGCCAGAGGAAUUACUCCCAGCCAAACUACCAGAGAACUCCUGCCUGCACAGGCAGCACGUGCCUGCAGGAUGCGUCGGCGCUGAGCACGGACCCGAAGGGGCAAGCAUCUCUGAGGACAGGCUCUGGCCACAGCUUGCCCAGCAGCAUCCCCUCCCACUCCAGCAGCGAGCCGGAGGAGAACGACGAGAGUGACCUGAGCGAGCUAUGCUCAGCGCUGCUCCGGGCUGGCCCGGGGCAGGACUACCCCUGACCCCCGUGGGCUGGCGUGCCCAGCCUUGGGAACUGCUGGUUUUAAUAGAGGCAACAGUUAUUUGAGUGCUAAGUACGUCAGAAUCCGUCAGUUGCUUUCCAGCCUCGACGAGCACCCUGUCCAAAUGAGGCCAAGGCUGCUUUUUUGGAAAGGGUUCUCCCAUCCGCACCCUACGGCGUGCGGGGCCUAAAGCCCACUGGAAAUAACUCUCGUCCCGCGGGAGCAGCCAGGAUCAGCAAGGAGUCGUUGUCGUGUCUGGCGGAGGCUGGGGCCACCCGACAAGUCAUAACAUUUCCAGACAAAACCCAAUAUCACUUAAAGUCAAGGAUACUGGCUGAUGUUUUUUGCGAAUUAGGCUUUGCCUGAAAGCAAACGUUACAGCAUUAAAGGUGUUAAGAAACCCAUAAACACUACAGACCUACGGCAGCGGCACAACCUCACAACGCAACGACAACUGCUGACUCUCAUCGCUCUUCUGCAAGGGACACAAGGCUUGAACAAAGGACCCAGAUAAAACUCUGUGAAUGUAUAAGCUCUCCCCUGGGGUCACAAUGUGCUUUUCUUUCCUUGUGAGUCCUGCCUGUGUCAAAGCAGGUUUUAAGUUAUGCAUUUAUAUUAUUUCUAAAGAAUGUAUUUAUACUUGGGGCAAGACAGUUGCUUGCCAGGUGGUGUGGUUUAACCCCAGCUGGCAGCUAAGCACCACUCAGCCGUUUGCUCAGUCCCCAACCACAGUGGGAUGGGGGAGAGAAUCGGGGAAAAAAAAAAAGGGGGGGGAGAAAACUCGUGGGUUGAGAUAAAGACAGGUUAAUAGGACAGAAAAGGAAGUAAUAAUAAUGAUAAAAGAAUAUAAAAAACAAGUGAUGCACAGCACCAUUUCUUACCACCCAGAGCAGAUGCUCAGCUAGUUCCUGAGCCACACCGCCUCCUGGCCAACCCCCCGUUAUAUACGGAGCAUGACAUCAUACGGUACGGAAUAUCCCUUUGGUCAGUUUGGGUCAGCUGCCCUGGCUGUGUCCCCUCCCAGCUUCUUGGGCACCCCUGCCUUCUCAUUGGCAGGCCAGUAUGAGAAGCUGAAAAGCCCUUGACUGCUUGGCAACAACUAAAACAUCAGUGUGUUGUCAACAUUAUUCUCAUCCUAAAUCCAAAACCCAGCACUGUACCAGCUGCUAGGAAGAAAAUUAAAUCUAUCCCAGCUGAAACCAGGACACCAGGAAAAGGAACGUCAGAUGUUCCAUCAAGUGUGUGUUUACAACGAAGGCUGAUUUUCCAUCAGCUGCAGCCACCAGGUAGCUACGUUUCCACAUGCCCCUUCUGGCAUGGUACACAGGGGCAUUGGAGUCUGUUCAGUCCUGUGCAAUCCUGAGUUUCUCUCAGAUGUAGAAUUUCCUGCAUGUGGGAGAUGGAAAAGACCAAGAUGGAGGAGGAAGAACCUCCAAAAAGUCAUUAUUAGUACAAAUUUUAUUUCUAAGUGCCUGUCUCUGUGCAUUCACUGUGGGUGACCUCAAGCACAACCUUUCAUGGAGAACCAGCUGUCCAGAGAGAGCCAGAGGUGAGCAGGGCCCAAAGGACCACCUGAGUGGGUGCAGUCCCCUCCCUGCCUGCUUCUCUGAUACUUGUUUGAUAAAGGUUUCAGCAUAGCUCCAGAUGAUUGCUCAGCAAGGACCAAUGACCCCAAUGAGGUGUGGGAUCUCCAUCCUUGGAGACAGUUCACCCCUGACUGAAGAAGGUGCUGAUGAACUGAUCCAAGCUGUCGGGGUGCUGGACCAGAGACAGCUGGAGGUCCUUUCUGGCUGUUGUAGUGCUGUGAAAGAAAGAACCUGGAGAUCAAAAACUUCUUGAGAGGUCAAGGAUGGUGGGGCAGAGAGGGUGGCCAAGCUCUGUCUUCUGUCUUGGUCUAAAAGAGGGACGGAGGAGAGCAUUUUCUAAGUUUCAGUUCUCCAUCAGUGAAGGUACUUGCAUCUCUGUCUACAGUGUCUGUUACAGCAUGGAAGAAUAUGAAGUGCUCCUUCCAGAUAAACCAUCUUACAAGUGCCGGAAAGCUGUCCGAAGAGAACAGAGGAGGCUUUUAUUCUCCUCACAGUGAGUAGAGCCAAGCGAAAGAAGAGAGGCCCCAUCUGGCUGAAGUCUAGAAAGUCUCCUAGGGAAAAACGUAAAGCUCAAAAAAAAAAAUUUACAGGGUUUAGUUUAAAUAUGGACUGAUAGAGAAGCUAAACCAGAAAAUAAUAAACUAAUUGAAGGGAGAACCAAAGAUCAU